UAAACAUACAAAGGGAAAGCACCGAGGCAGAGUGACCCUUUGAAUUGUAACUGGCCUGGCCUUGUGCGUCCCUGCACUGGCACUUGGAACCUUCGACUUUCCGAAAGGAUCAGUUUAUAGUUUGGCUUCUCCAUUGGUGGUCGUCGUCAACUAUGGCUUCUCAGCUUCUUAGACGAUUUCUUGGGAGGCGCAGCAGCCAGGUUUUCUCUUUCUCGGAUCUUAGGGCUUUCUCUUCCGCUUCUACUCCGAUCCGAGCCACUCUUUUCCCUGGCGACGGUAUUGGCCCCGAGAUCGCCGACUCCGUCAAACAGGUGUUCAGUGCAGCUGAAGUGCCGAUAGAAUGGGAAGAGCACUAUGUUGGGGAUACAAUUGACCCUAGAACACAGAGCUUUUUAACAUGGGAAAGCUUAGAAUCAGUUAGGCAAAAUAAGGUUGGUUUGAAGGGACCAAUGGCCACCCCUAUUGGAAAAGGUCAUCGUUCAUUAAACCUUACUCUUAGGAAAGAACUUAAUUUGUAUGCCAAUGUCCGACCUUGUCAUAGUCUUCCCGGCUACAAAACUCGCUAUGAUAAUGUAGACCUUAUCACUAUCCGUGAAAAUACAGAAGGGGAGUACAGUGGACUUGAACAUCAGGUUGUGAGAGGUGUAGUAGAAAGCCUCAAAAUUAUUACGCGCCAAGCAAGUUUAAGAGUGGCUGAGUAUGCUUUUCAUUAUGCCCAGACACAUGGUAGAGAGAGGGUGUCUGCAAUACAUAAGGCCAACAUUAUGCAAAAAACUGAUGGACUUUUCCUCAAGUGUUGCCGUGAGGUUGCUGAGAAAUAUCCUGAGAUAACUUAUGAGGAAGUUGUCAUUGACAAUUGCUGUAUGAUGCUUGUGAAGAAUCCAUCUGCGUUUGAUGUCUUAGUGAUGCCUAACCUCUAUGGUGAUAUUAUCAGUGACCUUUGUGCUGGCUUGGUUGGAGGAUUGGGCUUAACACCAAGCUGCAACAUUGGUGAGGGCGGUAUUGCACUAGCUGAGGCUGUGCAUGGUUCAGCACCUGAUAUUGCUGGAAAGAACUUGGCAAAUCCAACUGCUUUGCUGCUGAGUGCUGUUACAAUGCUGCGCCAUCUUGAGCUCCAUGACAAGGCUGAGCGGAUUCAAAAUGCCAUACUCAACACAAUUGCUGAAGGAAAGUACCGAACGGCUGACCUUGGUGGCAGUUCAUCAACAACUGACUUUACAAAAGCAAUUUGUGAUCAUCUUUAAAUUUUUGCUUUGGGGUCAGCCAAAAAGAAAAUUCAUUCCUUGUGGUUUUUUCCCCAGCCAAGUUCUAAUUUAUUUACAAGUUUUUUUCCUGUUAAGAAGAGUAGGAUUACAUCAACUUAAAUGAAUGGCUCACCUGCACAUGUUACCUCAAAAGAUGAGGAAUGGAUGGGCAAACAUGGCUUCAAAUAUCUGGGGCUAUUGCCUGCAUGGCAUUAAUGAGGGCGAUGGAGUCUCUACUCUUAAAAUGUAACCGCGUGGAUGGGAAACCUCGGUUAUCCUUAAUUCUUUGUUAAUAAUGUAGCCAAAUAAAAGCACCAUAUGAUGUUAUGUCAUCAAACUAAAGAUUUUGUUUUACAGUCAUUUCAA